CAAUAUCAUUACUCAACACAAUUACCUACUUAAAAACUUUUCCGAGCCCAAUUAUUGUGCCGCGGCUGAUGCAUACAUACCCACAAACUGAAUACUAUGUCUGGAAAUAAUUAAAAAUUAUUACUAGUAAUUAAAAUGUAAAUAUAAGAAGUUAGUUGUAGAAGAUAUUGCUUUAAAUUUAGGGAUUUCAGUAAUUAAGUCAGCUUUUGCCCUCCUUUUCUAAUAUUGGUACAUUUGUUUGGUAGUAUAAUAAAUAACUAAUAUGUAGCCUAGUGUGUUUUAAUUAUAUGUUUUUUGUUCUUAAUGUAUGUAUUGAAGAGGAAAGAAAAUAAUUUAAAAAAAAAAAAAAAAAAGGAAGGUAAAGUAAAAGGAGAUGGAGUACGCGUCUGAUUAACGUGGGGAGGAUUAGGAAUAUCCAAAGGCAUAACGCCAUUGCGGAUUGCGAAUAUUCUUUACUGGCUAUGGAGAUCCCCCCCGCCCCCUUCCAACAACAACCUCCUUAAAUACCUACCAUUCUUACUUGCCCCUUCAUUCAACACAUCUAUCGAUUUUCUUCUUUCUUUGUCCAAAUUCUCCUCCCGUUUUCUCUCCUGUUUAUUACUACAUUAUUUGUAUUAUAACAAUGGCUCUUAAGGCCGUUCAUGUUACCGAUGUUCCCUAUCUAGAUCAAGUCCCUGACAAAGCUUCUCUAGCUUUAUAUUCCGCUCGCUUCUCCUCUCAAGGGGUUGAAAUCGGAAGAACAUCGUUCAAGCCGUCGAAUUUUUUAGUGGUUGGCCACAGAGGGAACGGGAUGAAUUCGUUGCAGUCGACUGACCGCAGAAUGAAGGCUCUUAAAGAAAAUUCCAUUCUUUCUUUCAAUGCAGCUGCGAAUUACCCCAUCGAUUUCAUUGAAUUUGACGUUCAGGUGACCAAGGAUGAUUGCCCAGUCAUUUUUCACGACGACUUCAUCCUCACUCAAGAUAAUGGUACAAUUUACGAGAGGAGGAUUACUGAACUGUCGCUUGCUGAAUUUCUUAGCUACGGACCCCAAAGAGAAGAGGGUCUCGCUGGUAAACCUUUAAUGAGGAAAACAAAAGAUGGAAAGAUUGUUAGCUGGACUGUGGAAAUCGAUGAUUCAGCGUGUACCUUAAAAGAAGCUUUUGAGAAAGUGAAUCCAUCUAUUGGUUUCAACAUCGAGCUCAAAUUUGAUGACCACAUUGUUUAUCAACAAGACUGCCUCCUCCGCGUUCUUCAAGCCGUUUUACAUGUUGUCUUAGAAUAUGCCAAAGGCAGACCAAUUAUUUUCUCAAGUUUCCAGCCUGAUGCCGCUCUCCUUGUCAAGAAACUCCAGAGUGCUUACCCCGUAUUUUUCCUCACAAAUGGAGGUACAGAGAUUUACUAUGAUGUUAGAAGGAACUCGUUGGAAGAGGCCAGUAAACUGUGCUUAGAGGGUGGUCUGGAAGGGAUUGUUUCAGAGGUGAGAGGCAUCUUUAGGAAUCCAGGAGCAGUUAACAAGAUCAAAGAGUCUAAGCUCUCCCUCCUGACCUAUGGCAAAUUGAAUAAUGUGCCUGAAGCUGUGUAUAUGCAACAUUUGAUGGGAAUUGAUGGAGUGAUAGUGGAUUUUGUUGAAGAAGUAACAGAGGCUGUUUGUAAGCUAGUGAAGAAGCCAGAAGAGGUUGAAGAUGAGAUGCUGUUGCAAGGGGAGGAAAAAGUUCAAAAUAGACCUCAAUUCUCACAGAGGGAAUUGUCUUUUCUGCUCAAGCUUAUCCCUGAAUUGAUACAAUAACAGCAAUGCCUCUUUUCUUGACUGUAGAUAGUUUUUUUUCAUGCCCGAAUGAGUGUACGCUUCUUAUUUUUAACCCCUUUUCACUGGGAUUGUCAUAUACUUGUAUUAGUGUAGAAACAUAGAUAGAGGACCGACCAGAGAUAUAUAAAAAGGCAAAGGUUAUCUUCUUCUGUCGUUUUUUCUGGUCAUAUUGGCUACUCAGUAAUCGUGAGCCAACUUAUCUUUGAACCAGAGAUAAAUAAGGCAAAGGUUCCAUAUAUAUACUAAAUAUUUUCAUGUGCUA